AUGGCCUUGGUCAAAUCUCUGCUGCUGUUGAUAUUGGGGAUCACCCUCCUGAGAGAGGUGGCAGCUCGGAAAAACCCCAAAGCAGGGGACAAUGUCCACUGCCCUCCUCUGGAGGACAAUAGUGUAAGGGUUGACAUUCACAUCCUCGGUCAAAAGCAGGGUGGUUCCCUGGCAUCUGUCUUCCAUAACCGCUCCAUCUCCCCCUGGGAUUACAACAUCACCCGGGACCCCCACCGCUUCCCCUCCGAGAUCGCAGAGGCCGAUUGCAGGCUCUCUGGCUGCCUCAAUGCCGAGGGGAAGGAGGAUCUCUCCUUGAGCUCCGUGGCCAUCGAGCAAGAGUUCCUGGUCCUCCGGAGGGAGCCCAAGGGCUGCCCUCGCUCUUUCCAGCUAGAGAAGGUGCGGGUGAAGGUUGGCUGUACCUGCGUGAGGCCCAUUGUCGUCCAGGCGCGUGGCCUGUCAGCUGCACGUUAG